CUUUCCCCCACUCCCCCUCCUCCUCCUUUCCCAGGCCCUCUGCCAAGGUUACAACAGGGAUGAGAGAGGGAGGAAAGAAAGGAGGGGGAGGGGAAACGAGGACUGCAGGGGAGGGACCUGCAGUAUGCAUGAGGAGCUUCGGUGAAGAGAGAGGGAAUAAGCAGCAGAAUCAUUUCUGGAGCUGAGCAGCUGCAGGGUAUAGAGUUGUGUGUGUCCGUGCAGGAUGCCUGGCUUUGUGUGUGGUGUGUGACACAGGGACUUGCCCCGGCUCACUUAACUCACACCCAUAGAAGCCACAGGACGUUCCCAGAGCUGCUGCUGUAUUAAACAAGGACUGCACUACAGGAACAACCUGACAAGGAGAGAGGAGAAGAGAGAAAGGAGAGAGAGAGAACACAGAGACGAAGAGGAGGAGGAGAGAAAGGAGAGAGAGAGAACACAGAGAAGAAGAGGAGGAGGAGAGGAGAGGAAGGAGAGAGAGAGAGAACACAGAGAAGAAGAGGAGAGGAGAGAAAGGAGAGAGAGAACACAGUGAAAAAAAGGAGGAGGACGGGGAAAGAGAGAAGUACACCGCGUGUUGGAAAAGAGUAGAGGAGGAGAAGAGGAGAGGAGAAGUGGAGGAGGAGAGGAGGAGGGGAGUACACACCGCAGCUUGUAUUAGAAGGAGAAAAGGAAGGUGAGAACUGUUGGAGUGGUUGUAAAGGAGCUGAACUUCCUGUCAUGUUUACUUCAGUCCGGACCCUUUGUGUUCAGGGCACAAUGUCCAGGCUACUAUCCUCAGAGUCUGGCCGCUGCCUAUGAGACCGUCCAUACAGCCGCUGCAUACACCAAGCACUGUCGCUUUUACCGUACUUUGUUGUUGGUCAGGAGGGAGGCACAAAGGGAGCUGAAAUGCAGAAUGUACCGGAGGAAUGGAGGGAAGAACAGAGGGCUGGAGGAGAGAUGGAUGCUAAACCCUGGGAGGGUAGAGAGGCCUUAUUCCAAAUAAACCCUGUUAACUCCAAACAGGAUAUGGACAGAGGGAAAGAGAAUGGAGAGACCGGGGUUAAGGAGAGGAGGAAGGAGAAUGGAGAGAUGAUGAACAAAGGGGGAAAGGGGACGGAUAAAGAGUCGCUGAUGAUGGAGCUGACCCGUUUGGUUCAGAAGACAGUGAAGGAGAGUAGCUGGUGGGAGAGGAGAGGCAUCGACAUCACUAUCCUGGUCCUGGCCUUUCUCCUGUUACCUCCAGCCUUUCUGCUGCUGGGCUCAUCCCAGGUCCUGGUGUUUGUCCUGGGCAUGGUGCUGAUGGGGGUGUCCCACGCUGUCAUUACCGUUAAAGGAACCCACCUGGCCAGCCACGGAUCGCUGAGCGAGUCCCCUGCCUGGGCCGAGUUCUGGGCCGUGUUCUUCAUAGAGGUGUGUGGGUCGUUCACUGCAAGGGCAGGUGUAACAGGCCACAUUAAGAUGCAUCAUGCCCACACCAACGUAAUCGGUCUGGGUGACUCCAGCACCUGGAAGAUACCCUGUCUACCCCGGAGCGUCUACCUGUUUAUCGCACCCCUGGCUGUACCCAUUAUCACUCCUCUGGUGGCUCUAGGUGAGACAAAGACAGGGUGUGUGUGUGUGUGUGUUUUUGUGUGUGUUGUGUUGUUCCUGGGCUUCUACUCUCAAUACUGGCUACUGAUGCAUGUGUCUGGGUUCCAGCGUGCGUACAGCAGCCUCCUCUGCAUGCUGCUCUGCAGGGCCAUGUUCUCUAUACCCUACAUACACGUUAACAUCUUCCAGCACAUCGGCCUGUCUAUGUUCUCCCCGACCCGCCGGCCCAAGAGGAUUUACCAGAUGACCCACGGGGUUCUGAACCUUCCCCGGAACCCCCUGCUGGACUGGACCUUCGGACACUCCCUCAUCAACUGUCACGUGGAACACCAUCUGUUCCCCUUCCUCUCUGACAACAUGUGUCUCAAGGUAAAGCCCAUCGUGUCCCAGUAUCUAAAGGAGAAGGAGCUCCCAUACCAGGAAGACACAUAUCUCUCCCGCCUGCAGCUCUUCUUUCACAAGUACCAGGAGCUCAUGGUGUUCGCCCCGCCCAUCACCGAGCUGGUGGGGGUGCAAUGAUGGAGGGGGGAAGGGGGGAGACAGAGAGAGAGAGACAGAGAGAGGCGGACAGAGAGAGGGCAGAGGUGGAGGAUGACAUGCACCUACUAACUAACCCAUGCUGCUGUAUGCUGUCAUUGGAAUAACAGAUUGUUAACACUGUCCUAUCUAGCAGGAUCAAUAAGAGCACAAGCUCAAACUAACACAGCUGCAAAUUCAUCAAUUAUUCCCGUGGAAAAACGACUAAAUUAAUUGUAACAAAUACAUUGUCCGCUUGUCUUCAUAAUCUAAGACUGUAACACGAUAGCUACCAAUGAUCUCUAUUCAAGACAAUGUGUGUACUUAAGGCAUUUUAUGGUACAUACAUAUUUUCAUAAACUGACGUGUAUUGUUCCCUUAUGUGAUCUAUCAUAGCAAUAAAACAAUACAAAAACACACCACAUAACCUAGACAGUGUCCAAGUCAUAUGAACAUUUAACAAUAUUAAACAGAUAAUAUCUAUGUCAUUGAAAAACCUUUUGAUACCUGCUACAGAUGUAUUUUUGAUUUCAAGGCUCAUAGGCCUCUCGUCCAAACUAGUCCACUACUUUUGACCAAGGCUCAUAGGGCUAUCGUCCAAAUUAGUCCACUACUUUUGACCAAGGCUCAUAGGUCUCUUGCUGGUGAGUAUUUACCACAGACCGAUGGUGUUGCUGGUGAGUAUUUACCACAGACCGAUGGUGUUGCUGGUGUGUAUUUACCACAGACCGAUGGUGUUGCUGGUGUGUAUUUACCACAGACCGAUGGUGUUGCUGGUGUGUAUUUACCACAGACCGAUGGUGUUGCUGGUGUGUAUUUUUUUAGUGUCUGAAACAGAAAACCGUUGUUUGCACUGAAAUGACAGUAAAUAUGAAAUAAAUCAAUGAAUCAUG